CUUCUGUUUUUCUCCAGUUCCCAGGCUGGCUAUCUGAAUGCAUCUGCUAAGACAGUGUUUCUUAACCUGGGGGUCAAUCAACCCUCUUACAGGGACCACCCAAGACCCUCCGACAUACCAGAAUUCUCAUUACUAUCGUGUGUGCCAUGGCUUGAGUGGAGGUCAGAAGGCAAGCUCUCGCAGUUGGUUCUCGCCUUCCUCCUCAGAACAAAGCAUAUUUCAGAAAUUCUCACUCCAAGACACAGCUGCUCCUGCUACAUAUGGUAGCAAGGACUAAAAUCCGGACUCACUAUCUUGGUGGCCACCCUUCCCCGUGAGCAGUACCCUGGUCUUGUAUAAUUCCCUGAGGCGGAUGGCUUCUGGGGACUUGAUCCCAGCGUCGCGUCCUCUGGUCUGCUCAAGAAAUUUGCCUCUUUCCUCUGUCACAGCUGUGAAAGUCCACUUGUCUCUAGAUCUCCAAGCACCGGAAGCGCUCCUUCAAUGGUCUCACUGUGUAGCUCUGGCUAUUCUGAAACUCACUACGUAGGCCAGGCUGGCAUCAGACCCACAGAGAUUCACCUGCGUCUGCCCUCUGAGGGCUGGAAUGAAAGGCAUUUUCCCGACUCUACGGGCCCGUGCUUCCAAUCUCCUGUAAUCCUAAACUUCUGACUCUCCUGACCUCCCCUGGACUGGAUUCUCGGAGAGUCCUUCUUGUCUACGAAAUGCAGCUAUCACAGCAGCUGGACUUGUUUCCUGAAUGCAGGGUGACCCUUCUGUUAUUUAAAGAUGUAAAAAAUGCAGGAGACUUGAGAAAAAAGGCCAUGGAAGGAUCUAUUGAUGGUUCAUUGAUAAACCCCAAUGUGAUUGUCGAUCCAUUUCAGAUACUUGUGGCAGCAAACAAAGCCGUUCAUCUCCACAGACUGGGAAAAAUGAAGACAAGAACUCUGUCUACUGAAAUUAUCUUCAACCUCUCCCCAAAUAAUAAUAUUUCAGAGGCCUUGAAGAAAUUUGGCAUUUCAGAAACUAACACUUCAGUUCUGAUUGUUUACAUUGAAGAUGGAAGCAAACAAGUACCACAGGAACACCUAGUAUCUCAAGUGGAAGGCCAGCAGGUGCCUUUGGAAAGUCUUCCAGAAAUAACAAGGCUCUCGGAAGUCAAGAAGAUAUAUAAACUGUCAUCACAAGAAGAGAGGAUUGGGACGUUAUUGGAUGCUAUCAUUUGUAGAAUGUCAACGAAGGAUGUUUUAUAAGAUGUUUAAAAUGUCAACAGAAAGCCGGGCGUGGUGAUGCAUGCCUUUAAUCCCAGCACUUGGGAGGCAGAGGCAGGCGGAUUUCUGAGUUUGAGGCCAGCCUGGUCUACAGAGUGAGUUCCAGGACAGCCAGGGCUACACGGAGAAACCCUGUCUCGAAAAACCAAAAAAAAAAAAAAAUUAACUCUAAGCCAGGUGUGGUGACUCAUUACAGUCCACUGCUCAGGAGGCUGAGGCAGGAGAAAGCUGCAAGUUUGAGGUCAGCUUGGGAUAUGCCACAAAUUCCAGAUCAGCCUAAAGUACUAUGUCAAAUCCUAUCUCAAUAAAUAGCAAUUCAUUUAACUCUCUUAGCUGCUUUUUAGGUAGAUAUGUCUUUGUGCCCACUUUAUACAAGAGGCAGCUAAAAGAGUAUAGCAGUAUUAACUGACUAGCCCAGGGUCAUGUAACUAGUAUAAAACCAUGUUUGAUGGUUCCUUUUCCCCCUCACUUUAUCUUGUAUUGGAUUGUAUCCAUCAAGAUAGGCUUGGUCAAGGGUUAGCAAAGCUCUGUGAAGAGCCAGAUAAGUACUUUGCUCCUCAAAGGCCGCCUCAUCUGGUUCCUGCUACAAUUACUCAAUAUGACCUUUGCAGUCUGAAAGCAGCCACAGAGGACAGGUACAGAGUGAGUGGCCUCUGUCCAGUGAGCCUUGACUUGAACAAGCAGUGGGCAGCCCUGGAGUUGAGACUGUAGACUCCAGAGUUGGCUAGGACAUAGUGACAGUCAAACCCUAAAGCUCACUGGCUUAGUACAGCAGAAGGAAACAUUUUGUUAUCUUGAAGGCAGAAGGGAUCAGAGGGAAACCCACAGCAGGGCUUUAGAGCCCUCUGCGGGGGCUUCUCAGCCUGGGCUUCUAGGUUACUGUGCAGCUUGUCAGAAGCUCUGGGGAGGGCAGAGAAACCUAAAAGCAUCCACAUGGAAGUGGCAGGUAUUGCUCACCUCUUUUCAUUCACACAAGUUCAAAAAUGGUGACCCCUUGUUCUUCCCACAAGCACAGUCAGUUCUGCCCCUCCAGUCCCCUCUAAAGCGCCAAGUCUGCAAAGCCAGGUGCUCUCAUAGUGCAGUUCUGGGGUUGUUCUCUGGGUACCUUAUGGUGGUUUGAAUAUGUUUGGCCCAGGGAGUGGCACUAUUUAGAGAUGAGGCCUUUUUGGAGUUGGUAAGACCUUGGCAGAAAUGUGUCAUUGUGGGCAUGGGCUUUAAGAGACCCUCCCUCCUUCUAGCCGUGUGGGAGCCAGUUUUCUCUUAGCGGCCUUCAGAUGAAGAUGUAGAACUCUCAGAUCCUCCUGCACCAUGCCUGCCUGGACACUGCCAUGCUCCUGUCUUGAUGAUAACAGACUGAACCUCUGAACCUGUAAGCCAGCCCGAUUAAAUGUUGUUCUU